CGCGCCCGCGCCCGCGCCUGGGGCGCACUUCUCCUCGCUCCGCGGCAGGGCCCGCGCGAGUCUCCGCGCUCCGUCGCCUCCCCUCUGCCCCUCCCCCCAUUGCCGUGGUCUGGCACCGCCUGGCCGGCGGCCCGCGGGCGGGCCGCCCUACCCCUGUAGCCCACCCCCCUCUUAAAGCAGCGGCGGGAAGAUGAGGUUCCGGGAGCAGUUCCUGGGCGGCAGCGCCGCGAUGCCGGGCGCAUCCCUGCAGCGGGCCUGCCGCCUGCUCGUGGCCGUCUGCGCGCUGCACCUUGGCGUCACUCUUGUCUACUACCUGGCCGGCCGCGACCUGAACCGCCUGUCCUACCUGGUUGGAGUCCCCACACCACUACAGGGCGGCUCGAACGGCGCCCUCGCCAGCAGGCAGCCCUCCGGGGAGCUCGGGCCGCGAGUGGCAGCGCCGCCGCCGUCUUUGGACGCCUCCGAGCCGCGUCCGGUUGGCGAUUCCAGCCCAGACGCGGACUCUCGCCCCGGCUCCGCGAGCAACUUGACUUCGGCCCCAGUGUCCCCCGUCACAGCAGUGUCGCUGCCCGCUUGCCCGGAGGAGUCCCCGCUGCUCGUCGGCCCCAUGCUGAUCGAGUUUAACGUGCCUGUGGACUUGACACUUCUGGCGAAACAGAACCCUGAGGUGAAGGCGGGCGGUCGCCACACCCCAAAGGACUGCAUCUCUCCUCACAAGGUGGCCAUCAUUAUUCCAUUCCGAAACCGGCAGGAACACCUAAAGUACUGGCUGCACUAUCUGCACCCAAUCCUGCAGCGUCAGCAGUUGGACUACGGCAUCUAUGUUAUCAACCAGAGAGAGAGAGAGAGACAGGAGUGCCAACUAACUACUGCUGUGACUGCUGCUGCUGCUGCCGCCACCACCGCUGCCACCCUGGUAAUGUCCACAUGCCCCCCAAAUCAAACCCAGAGCCCAGGCCCUGCUGGUCAGGGGGAAGCUGUGUAAUAAUCCUGCCAGUGUUCCAUUCCC